AGGGUCAAGUCAAUCAUCUAGGGAAGUGGAGGAUGGGGGUGCAGGAAAAGCACCACCUCCAUGCACUAGCAUUCUGUCUCCCUCUGAAAACACCUUCUGCCAAAACCUUGCCUUUUGGUGCCAGUGCACAAUUAAUCACAGCGCUGUAUCCUGUUAUCUAGUGAGAAGUGAAUUUGAACUGGACAGAAUAUGUGGUUAUGGGACUGCCCGCUGCCGGAAGAAGUGUCAAAACCAAGAAUACAAAAUUGGAAGAUGCCCCAACACCUAUGUAUGCUGUUUGAAGAAAUGGGACGAGAGCUUACUGAAUUUUACCAAACACUGAAACGCAGUCGUGCUGGUCCCUAGAGUCCCUGGAAGCAGGACCUCGGUGACUUUCCUUCCUCAGGCUUUGCAGCAAGGCCAUCCCCAGUGCAAUCACGGAUCCUUAUCAAACGAGGUUUGCUGAGCUUCCCCUCAAUGCAAAGCCAAGCCAGGAGAUCGAAGAAGAAUACAGGCUGGAAGGCCGCCUCUGGUUGUGACAAUGGAGGACAGCAAUGCAGAUGAAGCAUGAGUUUCAAUGCCUUACAAGUUGAACAAAAAAAUAUAUCUACCUAAUCAGCUGUAAACCUAAGAAAAACAUCAUUUUUAUCCUAAUACUGGUUUUCUUUUCUGAUCAAAAGUUUUGCUCAACAGUUACAUAUGUCUAUUUUAAAUUAAAAUGGAACUCAAAUCAAUGUUC